AUGAGUACACGGUAUAUGGAUUUGCUGAAUGUGCAACAAGGGUACCUUGAUGAAAACUACAAUAAGGUACAGGAAAUAUUGGAUAUAUUGGAUGGUCUUGUCGAUGAGAACUUGAGCGAUGAAGAGAAGGUAAAGUUGUUGAAAAGCCUUAGUGAUGAGAGGUCACGACUAUUCAAGUCGUUGAUAAAUUUAAGGGUUAAUAAUACAAACUGCAUAGAGACGUAUAAUACUAAAAUAAAAAUUGGUCCUGCCUCUGACAUUGCAAAAAGCAGGUUAAAAGCAACACCCACUGACAUAUCGAGUGGGGACAAUUUAUUCAAUUAUUUAAAGGAGGUAAGGCAGCUGCACAUAGCUUGGUUAAAGCAUUUGAAGCUUUUGAAUGCAUUGGCAGUUGAUAUGUGCUAUCCAUUGGUAAAUCAAGAAGAUACGGAAAAUAUUGCUGUGAAUAAAGAACAUUACCCUCGAGAAUUAGCCCCUGUGUUAGAGGAAUAUGAUGCAUACGGUGCUGAUAUAGAGGAUAUCCGAAAUUUAAGAUCCAAGUUGAUGCAGUAUUUUGAGAAUAUUAAAUCGUCUAGGGCGAAGUAUCUGUUGGAAAACAAGUACUUAUUGGCGGACAGCCUAAAGGAGUUAACAAAAUUGGUAGCAGCAUGGAGCCAGAAAUGGGAACAUCUAGAAAAUAUUCUAUUUGGUGAUAGUCCUGCCUCUCUUAGAAAGCUGUUGCAGACUAUGGAAACUGUGAAGGCCUCCUUGCCUGGCGAACAAAAUGAGGACGUUGUUAUGGGCUAA